AUGACUAUUUCUUUACCAAUUAAUUAAUUUACUAUUAAAUACAAUGUUUCAGGUACCUGCUACUCAUGACGAAUGGAAUAUUAUAGAAAGAGGUUUUAAUUCAAGAUGGAAUUUUCCGGGGGCAUAUGGCGCCAUAGACGGGAAGCAUGUAAUGAUUCGUGCACCACCUGAUUGUGGCAGUGAUUUUUAUAACUACAAAGGGUCAAACAGUAUAAUUUUAUUAGCGGUUGUUGAUGAUGAUUAUUGUUUUAGCUAUAUUAAUGUUGGAGCUAAUGGGAGAUGCUCGGAUGGCGGUGUUUUCCAAAAUAGUUCUAUUUUAAAGGAUCUUGAAAAUGGCAUGUUACCAACUGGUGGUUUUUUUGUAGGAGAUGCAGCAUUUCCACUCAGAACGUAUUUAUUGAAACCUUACCAACACUCACCUCUGACGUACGAACAGAAGAUUUUUAAUUACAGACUAUCUAGGGCGCGCAGAAUAGUUGAAAAUGCAUUUGGCAUCCUAGUGUCCAGAUUUAGGAUUUUUGAAAAACCUAUUGGAACAGAUGUGUCCACAAUAGAUAAAAUCAUACGUACAGCUUGCGCUGUACAUAACUGGCUGAGGAAGACUUCAAAUAAUUAUUUAAUUAGAGACAAUGUAGACUAUGAAAAUGUAGACACUGGGGAGAUUAUACCAGGUACAUGGAGACAGGAAAACCUAACAUUAAUGUCAAGUAUUGACCGAGUAGGAAGUAAUCACUAUUCAAGACAGGCCAGAGAAAUAAGGGAAAAACUUAGUAAAUAUUUUGUAAACGAAGGUGCUGUCUCAUGGCAAUCCAGAAUGAUUCAUUGA